AUGCCCGUUCACCUUGGGUCUCGCACGAAAGUACAUCUCGUCAGCGCCGCUCUCAGAAGUACCACUACAGAUGCGCCCUCAAACAAGAAAGCCACGGCACUCACUGAGUACGUUGCGGGCGUCGAGCAAACACUCAAGAAUGGACACGUAUUGAGAGAGAGCAACAUCCCACUGGAUGGCGACAGCAACCCGCUGCACUUUCUCGACGGCGAUGAGUACAUGCCAUUCUUCUUCGUCCGCGCCGGCGAGGACUUGCGCCACGUACCUGCCACCAGAGAAGCAAGAGCCUUCCACCCAGAUCCUACGCGCAACGCCAUCUACGCAAGGAUCCUGGGUCCGGAUCCUGCAGACGCGAUCAAGAUCCCGCAAGCCCUCGCGCUUCGCGUCGAGCUUUCCAAACAGUCCUUUCUAAAGACAGAUCAGCCACUCGACGAUAUCCGCAUCGACGUGCUCUUCAACGGCCAGCUAACCCACUCUAACAUGUGGCCCAAGCGGUUCCACCAGGAGGAGCGGAGACAAGAGCAGCUGUUAAGCAUCUUCAGCGGCCUGCGAUUUCAUUGGAUGCUCGAGCGGGCCUGGGUAAUUGUACCACCUGGCCAGGACCCCGAUGGUUCUCGAAGGCGACCAAUGGCGAGCAAUGACACUCUCGAAGAUCGCUGGGAGAAGAUUCAGAAGGAGGUCAUGAAAGAAGCCUCGGCGAGAGGAGUCGACAAGGAGGGGAACCCGCCUGUGGUGGCGAGAUACCUUACGAAAGUUGCGAAGCUGGCCAUGCCUGAAGAGUUGAAGGCUUGGUCAGAGCCACGCGGGCAGUCUUUUGGGGUCAUUGAUGUCGUGUUGUCAUAUGGCUACGGCUUCAAGCACAAUCCUGCAAAGGCCUACCUUUCCGAACCCACGCGCAUGGGGAGUUCAAAGUUCAAGCAACGGCAUGAAACCCCUCCGAUCUUCGAAGACAUACCUCUUCAACCGAAGAUGGAUGCUGAAAGGACUACUGGCCGUUACAACCUGAGGACCGAUAGUCCGGCUCGACGUGGUUCCGGUAAAAAGACCCCAACUAUUGGGAGAAUUCCGGCAAGACCAAGGCCAGACAAGACAUCCUCGCGAGCCCUGCAAUCUGAUACAUCAUCAGGACCGUCCGUUGAAAAGGCAGGCAAUACGAUCAGGUCUUCCGAACAGCUGCCGCCACACAUUUCUGAGAGCGUAACUAAACAAGGUUACAGCCUCCAGGUUGGGCCCGCCCUUGAUGAUUCGCCAGCCAAAGUAAGGGGUGAGAUUGCCAUGGAAAGACACAAGGAGCAAAUGAAGAGACUUGAUCAGCAAUCAUACGUCACUUCACCGAGGGCCGCCGUUAACCAUAUGUCUACUCGAUUCGUAGAGCGACUUGGCGCAAUACCUGAAGACGAGGCAACUUCAACUUCCAGUCCUGGUGACCUUUUCAACAGUUCAGGUACUGGCACACAGCCAGAGCCACUCAACGCUAUCGGGAUGUCAUCUUCGAUGCCUCUUGGAUCAUCACAAGCCUCGGAAGCAACCAAGACCGAUCUCGCCCCUUUGUCAAGCUCAAUGCCCGAUAUUAAAACUAGUUCAUCGUCGCUUGGAGCGCCACUCUUACCGCCGAUAGAAAUUCAAACUGGUAUUCGUACCCGCCGUAAGGCUGAUCAAGAUGAAGGAGGAAGUCCUCGCAAGAAGCGUCGGCUUUCUGGUGGAAUCUCACCCCUGGAUAUCAAGUCGGCAGAACGCGGGCUUGGGAUGACGAAUCGUGGCGUAUUCACCACACUGGGCAGCCCUCAUGACAAGUCUCCACGGUCUCUAUUCAACUCCUUCACCCUAAGCUCGAGAAUCGACCUGGAUCCCGCCGGACCGCGUCGCCGCCCUCCUACGUCCCCGCUUACCCCGAAUCAGAAUAUGGACCAGAAGGAGGAUCCCAUAAUCCGGCGUGUUGUCUUUAAGAAGUCCAAGGAAGUUAUCCACACUAUCAACAUCAACAAUGCCUUCCGCCUCUCGCAGCUUCCCUCCGCCGCUGCCGCCGCUGAGGAUCGUACCAACAUGAGACGGGUCGCAGAGGGCAAACAGCCUUUCCAAAGGGUCACAUCUCUCCUCUCUCCCUCUCGUCCCCCCUUCCCACCUUCAACUCCUUACCAACACGGCCCCACCACCCCGACCCACAUCAUCCCGAGCACACCCGUCCCGCCCCGUACCCAGGCCGGCAUCCCAAGCAGUACCGGCAGCACCUAUCCCAUCAGAGGCGGCAUCCACAACACGCCCAACCCGCUGCCGCGCUACCCGCAGCCAACGACAACACAACAGAGCCCUUACUUCACCCCUGCUACCGCCACCCCGCCGCAAGCGAUCGCCCCCACCCACGACGACGACCUGGGCUCCGCCUCCUCGUACGCACCGCCAUCAACCCGCACAAGGGCAGCAGCCGCCACCACCACCACGCCAAACAACCGCCACCGCCGCAUCCCGUCACGCGCGACGGCGACGUCAUCAGCAGCCACCCCGCACAGACCGCCACCCAACUCCGCCACCACCACCACCACCCUCUCCGCCAGCGGCACCAGAACAACCCGCCCCGCAUCCAUCCGCGCAGGCGACGACCACCCCCGCCGCCCCAACCCGCACGCGCUGAUGGAAAAACAGAUCCGCGCGUUCGAGACGCCGGCGCUGGCGCGGGACUGCGCCAUCGCAUAUGCGCAGCCGUCGUCGACGGCGACUUCUCUGCCACCGCUGCCACCGCCACCGCCACCGGCGGGUGUUCAUCAACAAGCGAGGGGCGGCGGGCGGUUCUCUGCUGCUGCUGCUGCGGCGGCAGCGGCAGAGACGGGUGAGGAUGGGUGGAGGGAGGGGGAGCCGAGGGCGUUUGGGGGUGGGGUCGUGAGGCAGGUGAGGAGUGAGAGGACGGGGGAGUUUGAGGAGGAGGGGAUUCUGGUGGGGGUGAGGUUUUUGGUUGUUUGA